CCUGUCAUCCACAAACCUAUUUGAUUUAAAGAUUUAAGACAUGAUCAAUCAACACUAACUAUAUAUGUUUGUGUGUAUAUUAUAUCAAAAAAUAUUCCAAUACUCCUGUAGAAACCAUGCUGCUUCAAGUCUCCUUCUUCGCCUUGCUGGCACUUAUGGCGGUGACCCCACACGCCAUGGCAGAAAGGCAAACAUACAUCGUGCACAUGGACCACACCAAGAUCACAGCCCUUGAUCGUUCUCUCCGCGGAACGAAGAGAUGGUACGAAUCAGUGAUCGACUCCAUCAUAGAAUUAUCAGCUCAAGACCAAGAAGAAGAAAAACAAGAAACAGAACCCCCACAGCUCCUAUACGUCUACGAAACCACCAUCUCUGGCUUCGCCGCCACACUCUCACCCAAACAAGCCAAAUCACUGCCCAGCAUCGAUGGAUUCCUCUACGCACAUGGCGACGAUUUGUUAACCCUCCACACCACGCACUCGCCGCAAUUCCUCGGCCUACAUGCCGGCAAAGGCCUCUGGAACGCACCCAACUUAGCAUCAGAUGUCAUAGUCGGCAUCAUCGACACCGGAAUCUGGCCAGAGCAUGUUAGUUUCAGUGAUGCUGACAUGUCCCCAGUACCCACAAGUUGGAAAGGCGCGUGCGAACAUGGGACCAAAUUCACCUUGGCGAAUUGUAACAAGAAGCUCAUCGGUGCCAGGGCUUUCUGGAAAGGGUAUGAGGCUGCUGCCGGCAGUAUGAAUGAGACGCUUGAGUACCGCUCACCGAGGGAUUCCGAAGGCCAUGGAACACAUACUGCAUCGACCGCAGCAGGUAAUGCCGUCGCAGGUGCAAGCUUGUUCGGACUUGCCAACGGCACUGCCAGCGGUAUGCGGUUUACUGCGAGAAUUGCAGCUUAUAAGGUUUGUUGGUUGGGAGGUUGCACUAGCUCUGAUAUACUAGCUGCCAUGGACCUAGCAGUCGCGGAUGGAGUCGACGUGUUGUCUCUCUCCCUCGGUGGGAAGAACCGGCCUUACCAUCUUGACAACAUAGCUAUCGCUGCAUUCGGUGCAGUGCAAAAGGGGGUGUUUGUAUCAUGCUCCGCUGGAAACUCUGGCCCAUCAGAACUGACGGUGAGUAACACUGCACCAUGGAUCAUGACUGUUGCUGCUAGUUAUUUGGACCGUAGCUUCCCGACUACAGUCAAGCUCGGCGAUGGAAAGGUUUUCAAAGGUGCGUCGCUCUACUCAGGAAAGCCGAUUAAAUCCCUACCGCUCGUCUAUGGGGACAGUGCAGGCGGCCAAGGAGCCGAGUACUGCACUGACAGAUCCCUCUCGCCGAAUGCCGUCAAAGGGAAGAUCGUUGUCUGCGAGCGAGGAUUGAAUAGCCGAGCCGGGAAGGGCGAGCAGGUCAAAAACUCCGGAGGCGCUGGAAUGCUACUUUUGAAUAAUGAUGAUGACGGCGAAGAGCUUCUCGCCGAUGCCCAUGUCCUCCCCGCUACUUCAUUAGGCGCGGUGGCGGGAAAGGCCGUCAAGGACUACGUCGGCACGUCCAAGAAACCAACGGCCAGGAUUGUCUUUGAAGGGACAAGAUACGACAAUCCUGCGCCAUUGAUGGCCGCAUUCUCAUCCAGGGGGCCUAGUUCAGUGGGCCCGGACAUUAUCAAACCGGACGUAACUGCACCUGGCAUGAACAUAUUAGCUGCAUGGCCCCCUACAGUGGGCCCCACAGGUCUCAAAAGCGACAACAGAACGGUUACUUUUAACAUAAUCUCGGGCACGUCCAUGUCCUGUCCCCAUGUUAGCGGAUUAGCGGCUCUCCUUAAAUCCGUACAUAGAGAUUGGUCGCCUGCUGCAAUCAAGUCAGCGCUCAUGACAACGGCUUACACGCACAACAACGAGAACGCGGCCAUGGGCGACGCGGGCUCGGGAAAGUUGGAGUCGGCCACUCCCUUCGCAUUCGGGUCCGGACACGUGGACCCGGAGAGGGCCUCAAACCCGGGUUUAAUUUACGAUAUUGCCACUAAAGACUACAUAGAGUAUCUUUGUAGCUUGAACUACACUUCUUCUCAGAUGGCGAUUUUGACAAGGGGGAGUUACAGUUGCCCGACGGAUCGGAUCCUUCACGCUGGCAAUUUGAACUACCCAUCUUUCGCUUUGAAAUUCGACACCGGGUCCAUGAAUGGGACGGCGACGUACGCAAGAACGGUGACGAACGUGGGCCCCUCGAGAAGUCGAUACACGGUGCAAUUACAAUCACCAGAUGGAGUUACUGUGAUAGUGAAGCCCAGUACCUUAAAUUUUAAGAAGAUUGGGGAGAAGAUGAGUUAUAAGGUGACUUUCGUAGCCACGGGUCCAAAACCGGGUUCGGGUAGUACUGCGUUUGGGGCGCUUGUUUGGGUGUGCGGUAGUGAAUAUUCUGUUAGGAGUCCCAUUGCAGUGACAUGGCAGUAGAGAAAGAAAAAUAGAAGAAAAUUAUCCACACGUGUAUAUGAACCCUCAAUCCGAAACGUCCAAAUCGUAAGUCGCAAUUGAGAUGAGGCAUAGACCCGAUACCAAAUUAAUAGGACCAUCUUAAGAUCCGAUUUCUAGACACUUGUUUGUUGAAUUAUAAUCAUCCUUAACGGGGCCACAAUGUUGACGGUUUGAGGUACACCAUGCUGCCACGUGUACAGUGGCUGCGUGCGUGCGUAUGGAUACUCAUCAUAUACAUGCUACUGGUGUAUAAUCAUAAAUCUAAUAGAAAAUUGAGGUAAUGUAUUAUGAAAGAAAAGGCAUACGCAUGUGACAUGUGUAUCCAUUGUAUCUUUCAGCUUCUAAUUUAUUAGGUAGAAGGUAGCAUCAUAUGUACUAAAAAUGAAAAGUUGUAAGAAUGAAAGUGUUUUUUUAAUAUACGGUUGUAGUUGGUGGUUGAC